CUCCUGCCCGCAGACCGCCCCCGGGAGGACGAGGGGCCGGGGUCCCCCCGAGGAGCUGCGGGGAUCCCGGCGGAGCAAGGCUGGGAGCGGGGGAGUUAACAAAACAAGACACAACUUUUUACCAAGCUCUGGCGUGGCUGCCUGCACCCGCGGUGUUUGUUGAAAGCCGUUUCUUCUGAUGGUGGAUUUGUGCUGCUUUUGUGAAGAGCUGUAGCAAGCGGAACAACCUUGUGACACAGGUUGCUGCGUGGAUGGAUGGGUCUCGGCUGCAUCAAGCAGCCCUCUCCCAUCCCUCUGUUUCCCUGCCCCCUGACUGCACCAUCCGGCACUUGGAGAUCCCUGGGUUGCUUGAGUUUUGAGUUUAUACCUGCAGGACCAACCUUCUAGCCACACCAACGUGUCUUAUAAACAUCCCUAUUCCAGCACAACACCUUCACUUAGGAGAUCUAGGAACGCACAGAGGAAUCAAAGCCUCCUUGUGAAGUGGGAAAGGAAGGAGAAGGCAGUUCUGCUGCAAGGACCCAGGGGUGAGCCAUCCCCUCUCUGGACGCAUACAAAUCACCCUGUAGGAGGGAAGUGUUGAGUGAAUCAUGAGGGGUCCUGUAGCCUGCUCUCCUGCUGUUCACUGCCCUUCACCAGAUGCUUCUGAGAACAAGAAACUCUUCAGUGAGACAUCUCAAAGUUGCUUCCUCACUUGAAGACUACUUGUAGUUUCGGAAAAUGCAAGCACCCCUUGCUUUAGCCCCCACCUGCAGCUCUCUUUGUUAAUCACCUCCGUUGUUUUGGAUUAAACUGGCAUGACUAGCCCACUGCUGAAGUAUGACAUCCUGUAGUUGCCCGACUCGGCUACCGGCUGAAAAUGACCGGCCAACAUCAACUCUGCAAAAGCCGCUGUGGGAAUUCACCCGCAGCUAUUCCUAGUUCAGCGGUGCGUUCAUUGCUCUGUUACAUGGGGUAACCUGCUCCUGAAAUUCUGCUCUUGCCCUCACCCCAGAGACAAGUCCUUGAACGAAGCCUCUGCGUGCUUGCAGUAGAACAACAGAGAACCUCCUUAAGAGAGAAGAAAAGGGAGGAGAAAGCGUUGCUCUCUGGCUAUAGCAACCCCACCUCCCGGUUAUUUCAUCUUCCUUACAAGGCUAAAGCUAGAAGCUUUCCUCUGCCGCCUGGGUCUUUUAAAAGCAGCAGAGCAAGCCCCGAGGAUCCCGGUGGAGCGGAGAAUGCGAGGCUGAGGGCGAUGGGGAAGGAGGCACUGGUGGGAGCCAUGCGGAGAAGGCUGGGGCUCUCCAGAGAAGUGUGACAGUAUCCUACAGAAUCCUAAAUCAGGUGUUCAUUGAGGCAGAUCUUCCAAAGAAACAGGAAACCAAACCCCAAAAGAAAUCACUGAGGGGGGGGGGAAAGUGCAACAUGAAAGGUAAAAUGAAAAACUGGCCUUUUGAGAAUAGCUGCUGGGAGCUGUAACAAACCAAGAGACCAGAGGAUUACUACACAGCUCCUGCAGAUUCUCAUCUAAGGCAUCGGCUCAGCCUUCCAGCAAGUGUAUGCUGAGGUGUGGGUUCAGCAGCCAAGGAUGGAGGUGCUACGCCGUUCCUCAGUCUUUGCUGCAGAGGUGAUGGAGGUUUUUGACAGGUCUCCCACUGACAAGGAGCUUGUGUCCCAAGCCAAGGCUCUCUGCAGAGACUACAUAAAUUCAAGGCUAAUUCGAGCGGGUGUCAGCUGGAGCAAACCUGAGUGCAAUGCACCAGUGCCUGGUGGUAAGCUGGCCGAGGUGUCCACCAUACUGCUGCGACUAGGGGAUGAGCUGGAAUACAUUCGCCCCAACGUCUACCGGAAUAUUGCCCGCCAAUUGAACAUCUCGCUGCACUCAGAGACGGUGGUGACGGACGCCUUCCUGGCAGUAGCUGCGCAGAUUUUCACUGCAGGCAUCACGUGGGGCAAGGUUGUGUCUCUCUAUGCUGUGGCAGCUGGGCUGGCAGUGGACUGUGUGCGGCAUGCACAGCCAGCCAUGGUUCACACCAUUGUAGAUUGCCUGGGAGAGUUUGUCCGCAAGACCUUGGUGACGUGGCUGAAAAGGAGAGGAGGCUGGGCAGACAUCACAAAAUGUGUGGUGAAUACUGACCCCAGCCUUCGCUCUCACUGGCUCGUGGCAGCUGUUUGCAGCUUUGGUCACUUCCUCAAGGCUAUCUUCUUCGUCCUGCUGCCCGAGAGAUGAAUCCAAGUUGCCAAGUGCAGCCCCCCCUACCCCAUCUCCUGCCCCGCUCCAGAAGCAGUGGUAAUGGCAAUCUGAAGAGGAGGAAGAGAAGAACCAGGACAAACGAAAGGCUUGUUCUCUCCCUUCAGCUGGGAGCAGAUGAUCAACCACAGUCUCCUUUUUGCAGCCACAGGAGCCUCUCUUGCCAUUAAUCCUUUCAAGAGUCUUGUUUCCCUGGGUGACUUGGGUGUGUGGCCUGGACACUGCCAGUCCCCGGGCACCCUGAUUGCAGCUAUGUGCAGCGUGGACUGUCAGACAUCUGGUCCUUAUGGCUCUGUUGCAUGUUUAUGCUAGUGCCAGACAGAGGGGAGGAGGAAGGGGAUAUUAUUUGAAAUGGGAUAGAAAAUAGGAGAGGGGGAGACUCCCUCCUUUGCUCCAUGUAGUUCCCCCUUCAGUCCUCGGACUCGCCUUACGUUGAUUCUUGGUGUUACAUCUGUGCUUAAACUCCAUCUCCUCCUUUAUACUUAACUCUGACUUGCUGGGCUCUGCCCCAGCACAGCAUGGUGGAGGGGAUAGUGCAGCUGUGAGGUUUUAACGUGAUAAAACCAAACAUAUUGUCAUCAGAUGCUUCUCCCCGACACAUCUUGGAAAUCGGACUGAGUGGCUGUGUGAGGGGCAGGACUAGAGGGCAGUUGCAUGCGAUGCCGUUUGCAAGUGUAUUUUGUUGACCUAUCUUAACUGUGCUCGCACGCUAUUUCAAACAGGAGAGCAAGGGGCAACGCCUUCAAGCAACAACUAGGGAUUGAAUUUCAUAAUGAAGAAAAAUGUUUUCUCCACUGAGAUUUCGUCAGAGCUAAGCAUGUAAGUAGGAAAGGCUGGGGGGCAUGGGCAGGAAUUAGGGAAACAGUAAGUGAACUGUGUGGUGUUGUGAAGGGGGAAAGCCGUGUCAAAAGUAGCUGAUUUAUGUUUCUCCUUUAAUGUCUUAGGAAGUACAACUUGCAGUCGUCUUUGUGGUAAACAAUAAAAGAAAAUAGGUAGUGUUUCACUAUUGCAAAUGGUAUUGUAUUUGUUUCCAGAGUUAAAAAUUCCAAAAAAGGCCAGAACAGUGCACAGACAAACACUCGGGCCAUGCUAAAAAUACUUCAGCUUUUCCCCUGGUAGAACGUGUUAACGUGUUAAAACUACAACUCACCCGGUUCCUGCUAGGAAUUUAACCCAUGUUGCUACCAUGUCAGAAACGUGCUGUUUUCACCAACAGAAGGGGAAGGCUAUGGAGCCUUUUCACUGCCAAAGCCUUGCAGGAGACAGCCUGCUUGGUGCCUUGCUCCCGGGAGCGUGGCGUUGCAGAAAAACGCUCUUCUGGAUUAAGAACAUGUGGCGUUAUAGGAGUUUUUGCUGGGCUUUCUUCCUGAUUUUCCUCCCACACCCUGUGUUUAGAGGGGCUUUGCUGUUUCCAUCCAGAAGUUACAAAUGGGUUUGAGAAUGAAGCAAAGCUUUUACUUUUUGGUUAUAUCUGUGCAAAGGGUUUCUGCUAGCAGUUACUAGUGUUGUGCUCUGACCAAGAGAACCACUGGCAGAGGAUAUGUAGGUGGUUAUACCCUUGCACAGUCCUGCUUUUGACUGGUCUAGCCUUUUGCACUCUGCUGAUGCCUUGACAUACGGGUACUGGCCCCAGCUUUACCCGUAGUACUACACCCGCAGUGAAUGGUGCUCUACCAGCUCAGUCUACUGGUACUUUUUCAGUAGUAAAGUAAUUCUUGUGGAGCAAAACCCGUAAGACAACCUCCCUUUGCCCCAGUCCCCCAAUAAAAACACUGAGAAAGAGAAAGCCUCCUGUUCCAUAUCGAAGCUGCGUGCUGCCUUUGAUAGUGUCUAGGCAGACUUUGGCUAUGCUAUUAAAAGUUGCGGGGGGUUAUACUGGCAAAGUUCCCAGUGUGGAUGCAGCUGAUGGUGCCCUGAGGCUGGUGCAUUUUUGUGUAUGUGUAAAACUUGCAGCAGUUCCCCAAAUAAAAUCAAGUUGCCAAAGGAUUUUUUUUUUUUUCCUGACAUAAUUAUAUCGGUAUUAGGGGUUUUGCUGACACCUCUCCCACUUGGGAUUUUCUUCCUUAGAUUCCUGAUAGAUCUGGCUAUGGAAACUUAGACCAGGUAUAGCAUACACAGUGAAGUAAACUCAUUAUGCCUUGAGCAGCACAGUGAGGAUCCCCUCUGAGCUGCAAUAGAUGCAGUAAAAGCAGCAUAGUUCGUUGCAGCUUCCUUGUUUUAAAGGAGCUUAUGAAAAAGUAGACUUUGGAUUUCUGGAAAUACCCUGGUUGCGUGCAGGCUUUGGCUUGGACAGUUUCGCAGCUCGUAAAGUCCAGCUUGCCUUAUCAUGCCUAGUGUUUUAUGAAGUGUAUGUGAAUUAACAGAGCUAGCACAGUCGUAGGCUGGGACUGUCAAGACCUUUCUAAAUUUAGAUGCUGUUUUUUAAUGUAAUACUUAAGGCUAUGACUGCUUUUUCAGUAAACAAGUGAUAUCGGGGCGGGGGACGGGACGGACUAUUAAGGAUCAUAAAGAGUUAAAUGUGCUAAUUAAGUGGGUUUAACAAAAAGAUAAUGAUAAGCCAAAUAAACCAGCAUUGCUGGAAAGGAAUGUGUGUGGGUGGGAAGGGGGUUACAGAGGCAGGCAGACAAAGACUCAGUCUGGAAACUGCUGAUAAUGAAGAGGUGGUGGAGCUCCCCACAAAUAGAUUUCAGACUUCCCUGGCUUUCGUCUGUCUUGUUGCAUUUGCUAAUCCCUGCAGCCUACCUACCGGAGCUAAACAGUGUGCUGUUUGUCUUGCACUUAGUGUUAAACCAGGGUGAUAUUUUUACCCUUCUCACUCAUUCUGCAAUAACCACAUCGGCACCAGUCUUGCUACCAAAAUAAACAGCAAACAGAAUUGUGCACACCGCUGUGCAUUUGGGAAGCAACAGUCGAGCCUGAUUCAGCCGAGUAUUUAUGUUGCAUUCAGGUUUAGUUGUAAUAUUUUGGCAUUUCAGAGUAUUUCCAGAGGUCUCUUACGAUCUCAACAGUUCUGAGGCUCUGUGAUUUUUCUUUCCCUUUUGGCCAAUCCUACCUGAUGGAAGACAUCAGGGUUGGUUGUUUAUCACCCCAAUAAACAUUUUCCUUUUAUAUGAUUGGUGAA